GUCAUUAUCUCCACUCCUCUGCCAGUUCACUUCAGGAAGCCUCCUUACUGUUCGAGUGGACGAGUCAUGGCUGCUCUGCGUGAUCUCCUGAUGCUCCUGAUCACAGUCCAGCUCCACCUGUCCACCACUUCCUCUCUCUCUCCUCACACCGGCGUCAGAAAGAGCGGCGGCUUGGGGAAGCGCCAGGGGGCUGUGUCUCAAUCCCUGGAGGAGGGCACUUCGGUGCUGGCACUAGGGGACGCCUGUGGAGUGUACACUCAGGCGUGCGGACGCGGCCUUCGCUGCUUUCCUCCAGAGGGAGACCAAAGCCCGCUGCAGUCUCUGCUUCAGGGGAGAGGAGCGUGCAGGAGCAUCAAAGUCAGCAUCCAGAGGACGACGACGUCAGGCUCUCAGGCUCCAGUGAAUGAAAGUUUGGAGAAGGGCCCUUGCCGGAAACUUCUGAUGUCGCUGCUCCAGAAACUUGAACUCACCGUCAUCCAGACAGAUCGAAACAUCUACAUCCCCAACUGUGACAAGAAUGGAUUCUUCAAGAGGAAACAGUGUAUGUCGUCUCGUGGGAUGCAGCGUGGUCAGUGCUGGUGUGUCGACGAGAAAGGACACAAGCUCCCGUCCCGGGGCAGAGACGGUGCCGUCCCCUGCAGCGCCUGAGUGCAGAACAGUCUCUUAAUCACCAGAGAUUAUUAUUAUUAUUAUUAUUAUUAUUAUUAUUAUUAUUAUUAUUAUUACAUAAUACUGAAACAUGAAGACGGCAUCGUGCACUGAAUGUGUUCUCCAGUUAUCAGAGCCUCUAUCGCCCCCUAGUGGCCUUGACAGUGUUGAACGAUCACUCCAUGUGCUGAUUUCACACGUCAUAAGAAAUAUUCAUAUUUUUAAAAAUAUCACUAUAUAAUUACUCAGUAAGUGUGUGUUUAAUUAGGUUUAAUUAGAUUAAUUGUGUUUAUCUGGACCUCAGGACUGUCAGCAUUCAUUCAACACUGAAACAAAAAUUAACCCCUAAAGCGCUGAAACAGCUCAUUUUAAUUAAAAUAAUUAUACAUACAGUGUCAAAUUAACAUAAAACUCAUUUAAUUAGCAUAUUGAGUGUUCAAAUAUCUAUAAUCCCAGUCCAAUCUGAACUCCAUUUUUUUAAAU